AUGGAUCAAUCUUUUGUACUAAAUUCUUUUGUCGUUUUAUGGCUGAAAAUAGUCAAUUCAGCCGUUGUGAUCGGACUCUAUUAUGGAUUUCUAAGCACACUUUCCAUAGGGCCAUCUUAUCUCUUCCUUAUUCGAGCCCGGAUUAUGGAAGAAGGGCCCGAGACAGAAAUAGCAGCAACAACCGGGUUUAUUACGGGACAGCUCAUGAUGUUCAUAUCGAUCUAUUAUGCUCCGUUUCAUUUGGCAUUGAGCAGACCCCAUACAGUAACUGCCCUAACGGUACCGUAUCUUUUCUUUAAUUUCGUACACAAAAAUGACACAUACUACUAUUCGGAUCCGGACUACUACAGGUUGAAUUCAGAAUACAAGAAGAAUCCAAAUUCAAUACGUAAUUUUCGUAUUUACAAAGUAUUCCUUAACAAUCUUUUUUUUCAGUUCUUCAAUCCCCUUCUUUUUCCAAAUUCAAUCUUAAUAAGAUUACUGAACAUUUAUCUGUUUCGAUCCAACAAUAAAUUGGUAUUCUUAACCAGUAGUUUUGUUGGUUGGUUAAUUGGUCACAUCUUUUUGAUGAAAUGUAUUGGAUUGAUAUUAGUAGUCUGGUUACAGCAAAAAAAUUCGAUCAAAUCGAAGCUAACUAUGCGAUUUGAUAAGUACACGCUGUUACUAUUGCGAGAUUAUGCCGGUCAAAUAUUUGUUGUUUUUUCAUUUGUUAUUUUUGCGCAAUGUUUAGGCAGAAUACCACUUCCGUAUUCUUAUUCGACUGAAGAGAAGAAGAAGGCAAAGGAAAUGGAUGAAAUGCACGAAAGCGGUGUUGAUGAAAUAGAUUGGGAAACGGAAGAAACUAAACAAGAACAAAAGAGAUCCUUCAAAGAAGAUAUUGCUAAUUAUCUUUUUCCGAAAAAAGAUAAGACUUUUGACAACAUUGAGGACGAGAAUAAUCUCUUGGAGGACGAGAAUAAGCCCUUGGAGGACGAAGAACCCUUUCUUGUAACUAUUCUUUUCGAUUCUCGAAAAUGGAAUAUACCAUUGCGAUAUAUAAAAAACGCUCACCUUGAAAGGGCCGUAAAAGAUGAAAAUUCACAAUUUUAUUUUCAUCUAUGUCAAAGUGAUGGAAAAGAACGAAUAUCUUUCACGUAUCCACCUCAUUUAUCCACUUUUCUGAAGCUAAUGGAAGAAAAAAUAGAUCUCUUCACAAGAGAUGAAAUCACCUAUAAUGAUAAUGAAUUGUCUAAUUAUAAUUAUUGGAGCUCCACUAUUAAAGAAAAAAGAAAGAAACUAAGCAAUGAAUUUUUGAAAAGGGCAAAAGUUCUAGAUAAGAAAAGUAAGAAAUAUAAGAAAUUUCUUCCUGUGGAUAUAUUUGAAAACCGAAUUAGACUGUCUAAGGAUGAGGAGGAAAAAGAAUACUUAAUUAAAAUAUAUGAUCCUUUUUUAGGUGGACGCUUUCGUGGACAACUCCAAAAAAGCUCUUCACCAUUAACAACAAAUUCUAUUUUGAUAAAUAGGAUUCAUGGUCUCCUUCUUUCUAGUAAUCGUAAUGAUCCAGAAUCUAGUAAUAGUAAUGAUCCAGAAUUGGAACAUAAAAUAGAUCAAUUUGAUAGAAAAUUAUUAUUAACUGAAAUUGGUUUUUUUGUUAACUUAAUCAGUGAAUUUUCGGAAAAAUCAGUAUCAAGUUUGAAUUUUGACGGACUUUAUUUAUUUCCAGAACAUGAACAAGUAGAAAUUUUAUCCGAAGAAAAAGAAAGAAAAAAAAAAUUCUUAUUCGACGCGAUUAAAACUGAUGAGAACGACCAAACCAUUUUUAAUAAAAAAUGUGAGGGAAUAGACGAAAUCCAUAAAGAAGUUCCUAGAUGGUCACACACCUUAGUCGACGAAGUGGAGGAACUGAUGGGAACCGUAACAAAGGAUCCUGAGAUUCGUUGCCCUGUAAUCGAACGUCAUGUCUAUUUGGGUGAAACAGAGUCGCUGCUGGAUUUUGCUUGGGGUGCUAAAAAAAAAGAUAUUGAUAAUCCUAAAAAUAGAAAUAUUGAAAAUCCUAAAAAUAGAGAUAUCGAUAAUACUAAUGACAAAAAGGAUGAGAAUCCUAAUGACAAAAAGAAUGAGGCUAAACCGGAGAAACCUAAGGAAUAUGCUGUAGUAUAUUAUUCACGCGAACCAGACUAUUGCCGAGAACUAAUCCGAGGAUCUAUGCGCAAUCAAAGGCGUAAAACAGUGACUUGGAAACUCUUGCAAGGGAAUGUCCAUUCCCCGACUUUUAUGGAGUUAAAAGACGUCUCCAAGGAACUCGUUGGCGAUCUUUUCGAUGAUAUAUACCAAAGUUUGAAAGAAUGUUUCGGCAAACCAGCUACUGAGGAAGAAAUUUUGGAUUUGCAGCAACGGAUAAGGAUACAAGCGAGCGAAGAAGAAGCGGAAGACAAAUUCGACGCUGAAAUGAGACUUAGAGAAAUAGAAGAAUCCUGGGAAAGCAUUCUAUAUGGCCUAAUAAUUAGAAGUUUUGUAUUACUAACGCAAUCAAAUCUGAGAAAAUAUAUUGUAUUACCUUCAUUGAUAAUAACUAAAAAUAUCAUUCGUAUCCUCUUAUUUCAAAAGCCAGAAUGGUCAGAAGAUUUUAGGGAUUUGAAAAAAGAAGUGCAUAUUAAAUGCACCUAUCAGGGCGUUCCCGUAUCCCAGAACGAAUUGCCAAAAAACUGGUUUGACAACGGUAUUCAGAUAAGGGUCUUAUCUCCUUUUGUUCUGAAACCUUGGCACAAUUCUAAGGCUAAGGUACGAUCUACUGAAAAAAGAAAAGAGGAUCCACUGAAAAAAAAGAAAAGAUCUACAGAAGAUAGAAACUUCUGGUUUUUAACAGCUUAUGGGACACUAACCGAAUCGUACCUUGAUUAUCAUGUUCCAAUCCCAUUUUUAGGGUCUUUUUUUAAAAAAAUUAAAAAACAAUUGAAAAAAUAUUUGAAAAAUCAUUUUUUUCUAGUUCUUAAAGUUUUUAAUGAAAGAAAAAAAAGGUUUCGAACCAUGUUAAAUGAAAUAGAAAACUGGAACAUCGAAAGUCUUCUAUUUGGGUUCAAAAAAAUAGAUAAAUUGAGUGAAAGCGAAAAAAUUUCAACAAUCAGUAAGAAUAAUCCAAUCAUUGAGGAAUCGCCCGUUAUAAUUCAAUAUAACCAUAUUAAUUGGACAAAUUCUUCAUUCACAGAAAAAAGGAUAAAAGAUCUUAAUAUUAAAACAAAGACACUCAUAAAACAAAUAGAAAAAAUGACAGAAGAAAAAAAAGAGGGGAUUAUAACUUCAGAGAUCGAUUUGAAUUCGAACAAAACUACAUAUGAUGCUAAAAUAUUCGAAUUACAAAAAAAUAUCGUGCAAUUAAAAAGAAGAAAUAUUCGAUUAAUCCGUAAAUCCUAUUCUUUUUUCAAACUUUUCAUGGAAAGAGUAUACAUUGAUAUUCUUUUAUGUAUCGCUAGUACUACUAGGAUCCAUGGACAACGUUUUGUUGAUUUUCUUCUUGAUUUUGUUGAAUCAAGAAACAAAAUUGUAAAUAAAUCCAUUUCAAAAAAAAAUGAAGAAAGAAUUGAUAAAAUAAAUCAAAGUAUAAUUCCAUUUAUGUCGAUUAUAGACAAAUCUUGGAAUAUUACGAAUAUGAAGUCAAAGAAUUCUUGUGAUGUAUCUUCUUUGUCACAAGCCUAUGUAUUGUUUAAAUUAUCACAAAUCCAAGUUCGUAAUGGAUAUAAAUAUAAGUUAAGAUCUAUUUUUGAAUCUCGUGGAAGAUCUUUUUUUCUAAAAAAAGAAAUAAAGGAUUAUUUUUUGAGAAUACAGGGACUUAAUUCCAAAUUAAGACAUAAGAACCGUCCCGAUUCUUUAAUGAAUCAAUGGACAAAUUGGUUAAGGUUUCAUUAUCAAUAUGAUUUACCUCGGCGCACAUGGUCGAGAUUACUAACACAAAACUGGAGGAAUAGAAUCAAUGAACAUCGUGUGGCUCAAAAUAAAGAUUUAGUUGAAUAUGAUUCAUGUGAGAAAACUCAAUUAAUUCUUUACAAAAAAGAACAAGAACAAGUAGAGUUAUUAGAAAGAAAAAAAAAAAUCACUAAACAAUAUAGAUAUGAUCUUUUCUCCUAUCAACAUAUUAAUUAUGCGGAUAAGAAAAAAUCCUCUAUUUAUGGAUAUAGAUCACCAUUCCCAGCAAACAAAAACCAAUCGAUUUCUUAUAAUUACGACAGGGAAUUAUUGGAUAUAAUUGUUGGUAGCUCUAUCCAAAAUUAUCUAGCAGAAGAUAUGGAAAAAAAUCUGAAUAGAAAGUAUUUUAAUUGGAUGGGAAUGAGUGUAAAAAGAAAAAAGAAUUCCAUACCGAAUCCUCAAUUACUGAAUUCGAGAUUUUGGUUCUUUUCUAAAUUAAGGAUACUUUUUGAUAAAUACAAGAAGAAUCCUUUUUAUAUCUCAACUAUGUACCCCCUUUUUUCUGCAAACGGGAGAAUUACUAAUGAAAACAGGUUAGUAAAUGCAAGAACAAGAACCGUGCCUAAAGAAGAGAUUAAAACGCCUAAAGAAGAGCUUAAAACGCCUAAAGAAGGAGUUAAAACGCCUAAAGAAGGAGUUAAAACGCCUAAAGAAGGAGUUAAAACGCCUAAAGAAGAGCUUAAAACGCCUAAAGAAGAGCUUAAAAUGUCUAACCAAGAGCUUACAAUUAAAUUCAAAAGUUCAAAGUAUUAUCAACCAGCGGCGAAUCAUUCUCAGAUGAAUAAGAUAAAUCAACAAUACAGGACCAAUCUAAAGAGAGAGCGGGAUUUCUUAAUAGAAAGGUAUGUGGGUGUUUAUUUGAACUUGGAUAAUUACGUCCAAGAAACAUUACUCAAUAAUAUGAACAGAUUAUUACUCAUGCUUCAAAUGAAAAAAUUAAAAAAUUUUCUAAUAACCUCGAUUAAAAAGGUAGACCUAGAAAUGGACUAUCUAACGUCUGUGAGUAGUAGGGAUUUUAGUUAUACAGAAUGUAGGGACACUAACGAAUUGAAGGGCAACCUAGUGUUUUUUAUUGAACCUAUUCGAAUAUCUCGAAAAAACUAUGAAGAAUUUUUUAUAUAUAAAACCACAACCGUAUUGUUGAAGAAGAAGGCUAAAUUUUGGCCAGAAAAAAGUCGUGUUGAUCAACAGAUAACAGGAAAGAAAGAUAAAAAUCAUUCUGAUUUGCUUGUUCCUGAAAAUCUUUUGUCCACCAGACGCCGCAGAGAGUUGAGAAUUCUAAUUUGUUUAGACCCUAAGAGUAGAAAUACUCCGCAUAGAAACACAAGAAAUCAGGUUUUUCCUAAAAAAAAAGAUCUUGAUAGCGAAACAAAAAAAUUAAUAAAUUUAAAAUUCUUUCUUUGGCCAAAUUAUCGAUUAGAAGAUUUAGCUUGUAUAAACCGCUAUUGGUUUGAUACCCAUAACGGAAGUCGUUUCAGUAUAUUAAGGUUCCAUAUGUAUCCUCGAUUGAAAAUUUGA